UGGAUUUGACUAUUCAGUAAAAAAAGUUAUUGAAUUUGGAAGGGAGUGUAGAGUUCUUGAAUGAAAACAUAAAAAGUACCCUCAGGGAAAAUUAAAGAGUUUAAUUCUCUAUUUAAUGUGUUAAUUAGGUAAACAGGGUCAUUAUGGGAGAUAAAUAAGUUUGUAUCAUCAGCAAACAAGAUUGCAUCAAGCAGGGAAGCAUUGUUCAAAUCAUUAACAUACAGGAUAAAAAUAAGGGACCAAGAAUAGAACUGAGGCACCCCACAGGGAAUCCCCUGUGGGGCAGAUCUAACGUUAUUAAAUUCGACAAAUUUUGACUUCCUCUUGUAUAGUUUGUUUUUCUGCUUGACAGGUAGAUCACUGAGUUUCUUCAAAGAAAAUUGUAAGCUUUAGUUAUAUUCAUCUUUCGUCUAUUUGAGCCAAUCAAUACAAUCUAAUUCCUCUAGGAAGUUGGAAAUAAAAGAUAUCCGGGGGACAUUCACAAAUAUACCAGAUGGUUUUAUCCUUCGGGCGGCUCUAAGAAUAUCAUCCUUCUGCCUCCAGUCGCGCAGACGACACACAAUGGUUCUUGGGCGUGUGUUGAUACCAUCAGCAGCACCUGAUCUUGGUCUUGCUCCGGUGCGAUGCGCUCGCUCGAUCAUCGGCUCAAAGCUCAGGUUUAGUUUCUCCUGUAGUACUUCCUUCACCUUUGUUUCAGUAUUCAGCCAGGUCUCGUUGUGUUGUUCGGGAAUUCCAUCGAUGCGGACAUUGUUUCUACGGCUUUGGUUCUCAAGGUAUACCAAUUUUUCUUCUUGUUUAUGUAACCCUGUUUGGAUGUCAUCAAGUUCUUCUUCCAUUUCGUCUAUGGCGUCUGCAGCUUCCUUCAAGUCGUCAAUAUCUUGUUGUGAAUAUUCUAGGCUCGCUUUUAGUUCCGCGACAGAUUUGACAACCUUGUCGAUUCUUGUAUUUACAGAAGACAGAACCGACUCAAACAUAUUGCAUAAAUUAAAACUUCCUCUCGGGUAGAUCACUGAGAGAUUGCGUUAUAUUCAUCUUUCUUUAAGCUUAUAAAAGAUAUCCGGGAGAAAAGUAUGGAAAAUAAUGGUGAUGAAAUCGCUGUUCUUUUCCCUGAAGGACAUGAAGCAAUCCAGAUUACAUAUUAACCAUGGAGAGUUUCGUUCAAGUGACAACUUGCGAUUUGCAUGUGGAUAAUAAGUUGUUUGAAAGGUGGAAUUGUGACAUUAUUAUUUCAUUAAAUCUUUUAUUUCGAACUUUGUUAUAAUUUUUUCUCUAUCAAGUCAUGGAAGAAAACAUUGAUUGACUCGAUAGCACUGCGGCAGUGAUAAGUCUUUCCUCGUCAUAUCUUAUGCAAAUUUUUUAACAGCUUUCUGACAGUUUUCAGAUGAUUUGAAAUAUCUUAGUUCCUGUCACAAGGAAAUGAUAACUGCUCGAAUCUGCUCUUUGUAAGGAGAUGCCUAUGUCGCUCAAAUUGCUAAUUGCAACUGGGUUUUACAUGUAGUACUGCGGCUGACAAGUUACGAUUUAUACUCUUAGAUUCUCAGUGUUUACGAGCGUUCAGUCAAGGUUUUCCUCUCUAAAAGAUGACAACUAGAGGCGAGAUUUCUCUUCAGGUUAUUGCUCAUAAGAUAACAUUCUUUCAAAGCCUCGCAUAUUUCAUUUUUCUGAAACAUUUGUUGUUGAGAACAUUAGAUGUAAACAUCGCCAAAUUAUGCAAAUUACGCAAAUUAUCUGAUUUCGAGCUUUUUUCGCGAAUUGCCCCUAUAAAAAGUAGAGGCAGACCCGCAGAGAUUUUUCAUAUUUAAAAACUAGAAUAUUAUAACCAGCUAGGUGGAUAGUUUCAGUUCCAGAAUCGGUGUACUUUUGGAGAAAUUCAGAUAAACGUUUUCCCUGUUUUACUAGAUAACAAAAAUGACCGAAAGUGUACCGAGAUGAAUAAUCUACUGGUGUGUUUACAUUCACUCUCAGGGAAAAUUGAAUAAAUCAAAGCGAAGACGAAUGAUGUCACUAUGUAUGGUAGAAGUACCAAUUUGUAAUGAUGUAUUUAGCUUGAGAUAGAGAAAUAAACAUUUCACUCUUUUUUUGCGACGUUUUUGUAUGAAAAUGAGGCCCCAGGCCUCGAACAAGCAGUCGUUGUUACCAUGGCAACAAGAGUGCUGCGACCUUUAAAAAGCGCAUUUUUGUUCAUUCCCCUGAGUGCCUAACUGCAUGCAAAAUUUGAAGGGGAGUUGAAAAUUUUCAUUUCCCAAGAUGUUUGAUUCUUACAGAGACUUGUUCUUAAAUGCAAUCGAAAGAGACGAUUUUCUGUACAGAGCCUCGAGGCAAUUGAAGACCUUGUUUCUAGUGCAGAGCUGUUUCCCAACGAGGAGCUCAUUUUUUAGAACCAACUGACUGAGCAUCUCUGAUUGCAGGUAAAACUUUAUUUUAGAGCUAACCAAACCCUAUUUAAGUCCUCUUGCUUUGCAAUGAUAGGCUAUGCAAAUUAUAAGGGGCAAAAUAUUAAUUUGAGUUCCUGAAUCAUUCCAUCCUUUGUAGAAAGGUUAGAAAAUCUUUGUUUUCUUGGUUUGAUAAACUGACUGUUUUUCAAUGGGGACGUGUUAGUAAAGAUCGGAGAGUUUAUAAUAGCCAAUUUGCUCACUUGAAACUACAAUUCUUAUUUAUAGAUCACUGCUACCCGUCCAAUAAGGCCUGAUCUUAUUUUGGUCUUUACCAAUUAUUAUUAAGAGAGCACGCAUCUAUAUAGCAUGUUCAGUUAAGCUCAUUUACUUUUCAAUACUAUAACGGUCAACAAACAUUUUUGGUUGAAAUGUUAUAAAAGUCAAAGGCUUCUUACGUUACGCGCGCUUGUCCUCUCUAGUUCCUAUUAAGCAACAGUGGUGUGAUGUCUCAAAGUAUGCAAAGUUCUCGUCAAGUUUAGCCGAGAGUUUCCGUCGCUGAACUUUCCUAUAGUCAAGUGGAAGAAUAUUAACAAAGCAAUUAUGACUAGCUUACCUGAGAAUUCUUGUACAAAAGCAACGCCGUCGGUUCAAAAAAUGAACUUAAAGUCAUUUAGUUUGUUUCUCUCUUUCCAAACCAACCCGAAACUGCAUAUGGAACUCAGCGUUAAAUUAUAAAUAUAAAUUAUAAAAAAUAGCCGUCGUCGUUGACAUUCUCCAGACAACGUUAAGUUUGGUCAUUUCACGUUGUUGUUUUGCGGGGAAGGCAAAGACAUUUACAAAGAUUUAUAACGCACGUGCACAACCAUUGUUCUGCUCAUUAAACCUUUUUUUCAGGGACGUUCCCGUUGUCGUCGUGGUUUUUUAAACUUUCUGAUAUCUAAUCUUUGGGUUUGUUUUGCUCUUUUAUAUCGUGUCGAAAACAAACAAAUUACUUGACCACCUGAAUCAACGUGGUGCGUUUACAUAUUUGGGAGCAAUAUUUGUCACAAUUUUUCAAACAUUUUAUGUUUUCUCCCAUGACGGUACUGGUGAUGAGAAAAUUCGAGCUGCUUGGUAAAAACACAAUAGGAAAAAGAUACUGAGUGCUUCAAUUAAACUUUACGUAACGGAUAUUUUAGUUAAAAUAAAUUAUUUAAAAGAAAAAUAUCUUUAACAUACAGGAUAAGUCACAAUUUCGCCUUGAGGUUGACCUUUUUUAUGGUUCCAGAUGUUCUACGCUAAUUCCCCGCGAGAAACCAUCCAUCUGCGUUAUGAUAUUUCCUCAGCGGUUUUAUAACAGACUUGCCCUUUAACAGUAUUUCUUACUGAUUGGCGGCAUCUUUAAUUGGUGCUUAAUGAAACAAGUAUUUGAGUCCUGGUGUUCAGCGUUUGAUCAAAGAGGACUAAUUACCCUUGGAUAGAAUGAAUAACGCUUAAUGUAAAUGUAUUUUUGUCAAUGCUGAUUUUAGAAAUAGAAAUAACUUCGGUAUUGUUCGCCUUCAUUUCGAUUUAGGGAUAAUCAAGAGCCCAUAAUAUGAGCUAAAACGGAUUGGUAUACUACAUGAGGGGACGCAAAUCGUCUGUACUGUAAGUAUCCCGGAGAGUCCCCUACAUUGUCUUAGACUUUUAGUCUAAGAAAAUGUAUGGGACUUUUUGAACGCUCCAGGCAGCUCUCCUGUAAGGUGUCAUAAACCUGUUGCUGCUGACAUCGAUGUGACAGAUAAUUGCUUUUGCACUGUUUUCUUUGCCGGCUUAUACUUGUCAUCAAGUUUCAAUAAGACGGCUAUCAUUUUUCACAAGAAUAAUGAAGUUUUCGUAUGUACUUACAGUGCAGACGAUUUGCGUCCCCUCAUGAAAGCGUUUAAGGGAAGUUAGGCGUUACCAGUUCAUCGCUGUUUUCCACGAGUUAAACGUGCUGCCUUUGAAAAGGUAAAGUUGUCAAUUACUUUUAGAGAAUUCUUACAAGCUUCCCGCAAACUCAUCUGUGAUGAGUGAGAUAUUUUCAAAGCCCAAAGAAAAACACUUUGGGUCGUUGGGGCUGGUGAAAGAAUGAUAACUAAUUUUUAUGACAAAUAACCUUAGCCAAGAGAAAAUAAUGGGACAGAGAGGGAAAUUCAGGGCGUCGGCGACACAUGCAUAAGGUGCGUGGUCUGAUUACGACCAUCUAUGAAUAACUUAUGUGAAAUUGACAUAUCUCAGAGCCUGGACCAGAAGCCUCCCUGUCUGUUCCACUAUUUUCUCUUACAUAAGCCCAAUUCAGAUCCUGGACAAAAGUUUUUUUUUUUAAAAUAAUUCCAAAAACUUCCAGUUUGUAAUAAAGUCAACGGGAUGUAAUAGAGUACUGUAAAGCCUACAUCUCAUCCACUGUCUAGUGGCUUGUCAAACUCGAACUUUGCAGAAAUUCUGUCUCAUCGUAAAACAAAGAAUACAAAACUUGCAAUAGCAGAGUUAUGUUUGUAAUUAGUUUGCAAUUAUUGUUUCUCAUUUCAACAGCAGAAGUUUGAAAGCAUAGAGAGGUUCAAGGUGAUCUUUCAAAUCAGUGUUCUACAGGUUUUGAUCACGAUUGCCUACAGUUAGUACCCUUCAAGAUUUCUUUUUGCAAGAGCAGUCGGGGGGGUCUUUAACCUCACUCAGACCAAAUUAUUCCCCCAAGAGUCCUCUUUAUCAUCCACUUAGCGAAUUUAUUUCUAAUUCAUAUCGUCUAUCUUGCAGUUGUAAGUGUCCCAGAUCCUGUCGCCGUCUUUCCCCUGAACAGCAAGUAUCAAACGAGGGAAAUUAAAAAUCGAGUUCCCCAGGGAGUUGCUGUUGGUGUAUCUUUAGCUGAUGGCCCUGAAGGAAAUUCCGGUGGCUCGUACAUGUUCGCAGGCAAUUCUUUAAGUUACAUCGAAUUCCCAAGUAAUGGAGCAUUGGACGUUCAGUACUCUAUCACCAUGUUAUGUUGGGUUUAUUAUACGGGUGCAAGUGGUCCUCUCUUCAAUUACAAUAAGGGAAACACUGCGUGGGGUGUCCAUCUGUAGAUAGCGUCAAGACAGGUGUUCGUUCGCUUCACUCACAGAAAUUAUUAAUUCACUCCACAUUUGAACGGUGGUAGUUUGCCACUAAACCAGUGGAAUUAUGUCGGUUGUAGAUAGCGUCAAGACAGGUGUUCGUUCGCUUCACUCACAGAAAUUAUUAAUUCACUCCACAUUUGAACGGUGGUAGUUUGCCACUAAACCAGUGGAGUUAUGUCGGUUCUACUUGUGACUAUGAUACUGUUAUUGUAAGAUUGUGGGUGGAUGCAAGAGAAACCGCUCAAUCUAGUAUUGGAAGAGUCCACCUUUCCACUCAGGACGAGGUCCGGAUGGGUGCACAAGACGGGGAUAUUCGGCGUUUCCGAGGAAGAAUUGCUGCUAUGCAACUUUAUAACGUGGCUUUAACUGCAGAGCACAUAAAUGUAUUGAAAAAGGUUGGCUUAGUUAAUUACUCUUAAACUUUUCCAUAGCCUGCAAUUAUAGGAUUUUAAAUUACAUUCACUACCAAACAAAUCAAUUUUUAUAACUAUCUAUUCAUUCAUUUUUUGUAGCUGAUGCUUGCGAUAAGUUGAAAGCGUGCCAGAAUGGGGCUGCAUGCAUUCCUUCUGGUGAUGGUUAUACAUGCUCCUGUGGUGUUGGAUUCUAAGGAACCAACUGCGAACACGGUCAGUGAACAUGACUUAAACUGUGCAUAACCAAGCAAACAUUGUGUCCACCCCUCUCUUCUUCUCGUGUCCCUUUACGUGCAAACUGAUUUUGGUUUUACAUUUUUUUCAUUUGGGGUAGAUGUUGAUGAAUGCCAAACCUCAAACCCAUGCCAAAAUGGUGGACAAUGCGAGGACACAGCUGGAAGCUAUCAAUGCAAAUGCAAGCCUGGAUUUACAGGCCGAAAUCGCGAAACAGGUCGGUUAUUGUUCAGAGACAAAACAUAAUAAUAAUAACAAUAAUUUAUUGACUUCUAAGGCGCAAAUUCUAUGUAUAUAUAUUCAAAUGCGCCGUAACAUAAUAAUUACAAUAAACUAAAGAUAAAAUAAAAUAAUAAUAAUGAUGAUAAUUGGAAUAUAAAUAACAAUUAAAUGCGAUUCAUAAUAAAUAAUAUAUAUAACAUAUAACUAAUUAUUAAUUGAAAUGUUCUAUUUAAAAAUUUAUCAAUUAAUAAAUAACUGUAAAAACUUUAUCAACUAUAAAAUGCUUUCUUUAAAAGAAACGUCUUAAGCUUCGAUUUAAAACUAUUAUAGAACUAGAUUCUCCUAUAUCCCUUGGUAAAUUAUUCCACAGCUUAGGUGCCGCAAACAUGAAUGCCCGGUCACCAUGUGUUGCCUUAGACUUAAAACUAGGAUAACUGAAUAAGGUCUGAUCACUAGAAUUCCUUAAAUUAUAUCUUGACUCGGCCUUUCGUGUAAUUAAAGAACUUAAAUAAGACGGUGCUUAACCCUUAAAAAUCUUGAAAAUAAUUAAUACUAUCUUAAAAUCAAUUCUUAACUUAAUAGGUAACCAGUGCAACUCCAUCAAUAAAGGAGUAAUGUGACAAUAUUUAUUUUCAUUGCAAAUUAAUCUAGCACAUAUGCGUUGAACACGUUGCAAUUUGUUAAUUUAAUAUUCCGGAGCACCAUACAAUAAACUAUUGCAAUAGUCAAUUCUGCUUGAGAUAAAGGCAUGGACCAGAGUUUUUGUGUUCUCUUUAGACAGGUACUUUCUUAUCCUCCUCAGAUUGUACAAGUAGUAAGAGGCAGAGUUGCAUGUUCUUGUUCUGUGAGUCGCCAUUGUGAGUUUUGCAUCGAACCAUGAGCCCAGGUUCCUCGCAGAUGACACGGGAGUAAUUGCUGAGUUACCAACACGGAGACUGAAAAUAGUUACUUUAGCGAAUUGCUGGGAUGUACCAAUGAUCAGAAACUCAGUCUUGUCGUCGUUCAGUUUCAAUUUAUCAUUCAACAUCCAAUUAAGAUUAUCAUCAAUACAGCUUUCCAUUCUAGCCAAAGCAACCUCUUGGUUAAUUAACACUAGCAUUGGGGCAGAAGGACAAAUAAAGUUGGCUGUCAUUUGCAUAACAAUGGGUGCCAGGCAGAUGUUUGUCCACGAUUGGAAAAAUCUUGCUCGCAUACAAUACAAACGAUAAUGAACCAAGGCACGAGCUCUGAGGGACACCACAAGUCAGUUCAAAGUUCAUAGAGAGGUAACCAUCAAUGAGUAUUUGCUGGGAUCUGUUACUUAGAUAAGAUGCAAACCAUGACAGUGGCCUAUCACGAAUACCAAACCCAGAUUUAAGUCUCUCCAGUAAAAUACAAUGGUCAAUGGUGUCAAAUGUCGCACUCAAGUCUAGCAAAAAAAGUAGUGUGACAUGCUGUUUUUUUCAUAUUUCAUAGAAUUUAAUUUUUCACUUUCAAGAGUGCGGUUUCAGUAGUGUGAAACUUUCUGUACGAGGACUGUAACACUCGAAAUAAAUCAUUCGCUACCAUGCGAUGAUGGAGUUGUUUAGCAACUGCACUUUGAGCAAGUUUGGACACAAACUGUAAAUUACUGACCAGCCUAUAAUUUUUAAAUAUAGGUUCCAAACCAUCUUUCUGGAGCAAAGGCAGAACCAAAGCAUUUUUCCAUGCAGAGGGAAAGUCACCAUUUUCUAAGGAGUAAUUGAUCAUCUUAGCGAUGAUUGGAAGGGGAACAUCUAAACAGUCCAACAAUAGCUUCGUGGGAAUUGGAUCGAAGCCACAAGACUUCUUACUGGAUGCUCGAACCAGGUCAUGCACUUCUUCUUGAGACAGAGAACUAAACUUGAAGAGUAGAGAAUCAAUUUCGAUGUCAUUAGAAACGCGGUCUGUGGAAGCUUAUUGUUUAUCAUGAUUAUCAAGGUCUAAACGAAUAUCGGCGAUUUUCUUAAUGAAAAACAUACCCAUCUCAUUAGCUAAUUUCUGUUUAUCUCAAUGCGGUGGCAAAACUGGGGUACCUGUGAUGUUCAAGAGUUUCUUGCUUGAAACAGAUGUUUUUGAUCGUGGCUAUUUUCUGCUAUGAGAGUAACAGUUAUAGUUCAGAGUGGUUAUGAGUAGUUAUGAGUUCAUUCAUAAGAAAAGUCACAUGGUUCCUUUUUCUCUUAGCUCAGCUAGAUAAGACUGACAUUUGGAAGGUCUUCAUUUUCCCUCUGCUUUUCGACGUUGAAUCUUAGCUUCUAUGAUAUUGCUGCUCAUCCAAGGAGCGCUGGGACGAGCGAACACUCUUUUUGAGCACACCAGCUGUUGGUUACUGUUCUCGUUAUAUAAAUCUGUUAAUUUUAGUGUAAAUUGGUUGCGAGUAGUCAAAGCAAUUGUAAUAAAAUUUGCGCAAAAUGCCCUUUACGUCAACGACAAAACAAAUUUCCAACAGAACUCGAAAGUUUUGGAAAAUAAAAAAAUGAACAAAUGUUUGUCGAAAUCUUACGUCUCUUGAGGAGAAAAGAGGACAGUUUUUACAGGGAAAAAAAGCUUGUUCUCAAUAUGUGAUUGGCGUGCCAGACAAUGUACCUUUGGUCCUUGAAGCGAGAUAAGUUGGAAGCAAAGAAAUAAAUUCAAUUCAUGUUUUUAUUCCUAUGAUAAUUACCUUAAUUUUAUAUCAAAAAAAUAUUCGCCUUAGACUCAAUGAUUAUUGUUCAAUAAUCUUCUCGAUUCCGUCUCGGAGAUUGUUCAACAAAAUUCACUCCACCUUCUUGCGAGAAAUUGUUAAUUAUUAUAAAUGCUCUUUUCUUGAGGAUUCCAAGGAGAAAACUGUACGUUAAAACGCGUGACCAAGCAAAUAUUCUCUUCACCCCUCUCUCCUUCUGGAAUCCCCUUACGUGCAAAAUAAUUUUCAUUUUGCAUAUUUUUUUCUCUGGGGUAGAUAUCAAUGAGUACCAAACCUCAAACCCAUGCAAAAAUGGCGGACAAUGUGAGAACACAUCUGGAAGCUAUGAAUGCAAAUGCACGCUUGGAUUUACAGGACGAACAAGUUGGCCACAGGUAUUCUUUGACUUUUGUAACUGAGCUGUAAAAUAGCAUGUGAGCGAACUCAAAGUCAAAUAUUUGUGAUUCUAACUAUCCUUUACCAGAAUUGGAUAGAAACACAAGCAUGUUAAAUGUAUCUGUAUCAGUAGCGGAAAAAAAAUAGGGUCCUUGGAAAACAUGUAACCGCUUAAGAAGCUACUUCGACGCGAGGAUGCGUGAGCUUGCAGACCACAUAAGGCCGGGUAUACUAGAUAAAAGGCAACGACGGCAUUCCCAAGGUUUCCUCUUCAGCAUUCUAUGUCAUUGUAUUUAACUUAGUGGGUGCUGCUUUGUCGCAGUGUUGCUUUUUUACCCAAAAUAUGUGUUACCAGCCGUGGUUGUAAUAUUGUACGAAAGCGUUGGAAAGUUUUGAAUGGCCCUAGUCGCUACCUGAUCUGACAUUUCGCCUGAUUCGAAAAGAAAAAACAUAUUUUGCAGUCUGAAAAACAAAGUCAUAGAGCUAAUUUAGUAGAGUUCAUCUCAAUCAAGGGUGCUAACAGAUCGUGACACUGAAAUACAGAUAUCGACGAAUGUUUGGAUGCAAAGGUGCCGUGUUACAAUGGCGGAACGUGUGUUGACGGAGUCAACAGCUACACGCGUGACUGCAAGGAUGGAUACGUUGGAAAAUACUGUGGUGAGAAGACUGUAGCCUUGUUAUUAUACAUUUAAGCAAGAUAAGUCUAUUAUCGACCAGCGAAAAAGUUCUGCACAGUUUUUUCACGUGUUUUGUUUAACUAGAAUCGAGCAAAGCAAAAAUAAUGGAGGACAGCUUUCGUUUAUAUAUCCUGAAAUCAGUUUCGCGCUUUCAGUGUACGAGUAGCAACUUUCAAACUAUGACACAAAGGUGGAAUUAUGAAUUAUUUUAGACCCCAAAAAUUGUGUCUUAUUGUUUUAAUUGCUUUAUUAAGAAUGGGAAAAGCAGGGAUAUUUUAAGGAGGUAAAAAGGAAAAGUAAAAAGACCAUGAGAACCGUAUUUGCAAAAUUCAAAAAGUACAAGAACAAUAUCCAAGGUGCGGUCGAGGCUUGUGUGAAAGCAGCUGAGGACAAAAAACUGGAGAUCUUUGCGGUUCGAGGGAGAUACAAGAAUGUGACAACCAAAGGCAAUGCUGAUUACAAGGUGCAUGGUCAUCAUCCAAAGGGUGCAAAGCAGACGGAGAUUACGCAGUUGGAGUGAAGAGCGCAAACUCUGUCUACAUUUUGAGCUAACAGGUGUAACAUGGAACUCGAUAAAACCUGGUGAGUUUGAUUCUUUACCUAUGAAAGGUUCUCUGUUAAAAUCAGAUCAAAACAUAAUGAAAAACUCAUUAUAAGGAACUGAAUGAGGUGAGCAGAAAACAUCCCAAGGUAACUCGAAAUGAUUUCACUUCUCUAAACGUUAAAGAUCGAUACUUCCACGCCUUCUCGCGUGUUCCCUUGUAACUGGUAUCGAAAAAAUCUAAAUUAUUGCUCAACAAGUUGAUAUGAUUUUUUGACAUUAAAGGUUAUCAUAACAAUAAUCUCACUGCUCUACUUAAACACCCUUAUGUUUGGCUUCAUCCCCAAUAACGAUUUCCGUAGCCCCCAUUUUAUACUACUGAGUUGCAACAAGCAUGUCAAGACUCAUCUCUCUGCAAAGCUUGAAAAAAUGGUCUACACAGCACAGAGCGACCAUGCUUUUAAUAAUUCUUAAUCAUUUGUUGAAUUGGAUAUAUAAAAAGUGCCGAAGUAUUGAUCCAGCAAAGAGUUCAUGGACGAAAUACACGAAACCGGUUUGAGUCACAUUUAAAGAAUUCUUUAAACUGUCAACGCGUCUAAUCAAAAUCAAAGUGCUCUGUGAGCAAACUCGUGAAUUGACACAUGAUUUUAUAGAUUAUGUUUAAUGUUAUCUGGUUUAGGGAAUUUUGUGGUUGAUUGUCAUAUCUAGAGUACGAGCAGUAGUUCAGUGUUCGCUAAUGUAGCAAAGAAACAAAGUAACGUUGGGAUAAGAAGGCAUUACCAUUGAAAUGAUCAUGCUAUUACAUUUGACAAGGUGGAUGAUGUCAUGUGUUUCUGGUUUAAGAGAAAAGGUUUUGAUUGUCUUUGAUUUUGGCUGUUUUGGCUGUCCGAUUUGCUGCCUUUCGUUGUAAAUAUUAGAAAAUCAAGGCAAUACUGUCUUAAUGAAAACAUUAAAGAUUCCCUCUUUAUCAAAAGAGACAAACGGGAACGAGUUUUGAGUGAUAUAACUAAGCCAAGCCUGCCACCGUCAUUUUGGAUCUCCGCCUGGGUAGAUUUAAGUCACGUGCUAGGCAACGUAUAAUCAAUAACAAGAUAGAAUUUCAUUUCAGGCCUAUUUACCAAUUUUGUGGUGUGUAACUUUCGCAUUUUAGUACGUUGUAUGUAUGUUGAAUCUUCAAAUUGUCUUGAAACUUAAAAGAAAAUUGUUCUUUAAAAAUUCACUGAAAAUCGGUAGCUAAAAUUGUUUGUUUAGGUGUUAUUUGAUUUUCGUGUUAACUUGUUAUUUCGUCAGUCGCCGGCAUCUUUUGUUGCUUCACACAGGAAAAACACACGCGACGAAACGUAAUGAUCAAUUUUGUCCUCAAUCUCACGCUAUAACAGAAAAAGCUUUUGAACAUCUGUAAACUCCGAGCGCUUCGCAGUAAGUGAUAUUUUCAAUGAAUCUUUGGAUUGUUUUCAAGUUCAAGGAUUGUAAAUUACAAUUUUAUGAAAAACGAAGGUUGUUCUGUUAUUUCAGUGUGAAUCCUUGCAUGCCUGCCAGUCGCUGGCGCCGCUUGUUGAAACUAAAACGUAAAAAAAAAACUCUUUUAAGAUUAUAAUUGGCUUCUUUUUCACCCCACCACUAUUCUUAGCAACAAAGGUCGCCAUUUCGUCUGUUUAUUGCUCGCCAAAAACUAUCAAAUGCACUCAAAAGCCUAAAAUCGAAAAAAAGUUUACAGGAAUCGACCAAUCGAGCGAGCGAGCGAGCGAGCGAAUGCCAUUCCCCACAUCGUACCUAUAACUCGCUCUUGCGCAUGCGCGCAAUUCACGAGUUAAAAAUGACGAUUUCCUCAACUGUGUUUGGGUUAAAAAGCUCCUAUAUUCCACUAAUUCACUUGCCAAGUGUGAUCUAACAGUUUGUUAUCGGAAGGUUCAAUAAGCCAAUCACAUUUAAAGUUGUAGUCAACCCACAUAACCUAUAAACAAUUCACUCCUCCUUUGUCAAUCUUUGAAAAGAAAUUUUCCCCUUUCUUUCAUAACUUGGAUAUCCCUUUUUUUCUCAGAAGUUCUAAUUUUUAUGAUUUAAUUGGUAAUAAGACUUUAUGUCAUCCAAUUCGGUCUGUAAUCAUACUCAUGAUAAACAAAUCGGACUCCCGCUGUGAUUGCCAUCUUGCUCUCUCGGGUAGUCAAUCAGAACACAGGAUUCGCUUCAUAUUGCCCACGAUAUAACACCAUUGGAUAGUACGUAUCUUUUAAUUUUUUGGUUAACGUUGGCCGCUUGACCGCCGUAUGGUAUAGGAGAAGUAUUACACUUCCACAACAGAAAGAAUAACCAGUUCACAUCAAAAUUUCAGGAAGACUUGCAGAUUUUGCGUUGAAUGAGGGUCUCAAUGGGAUUACCCGUUUGCCGUGAAACGGCCAAGAAAUUCAGCCAUUAGGGUUAAAAACUGCCAAAUUCUAACCAUUAAUCGUAGAAAAGAGCACCAUAAUAAAAGUUUAUGGUGAUUACGAUGGAAAGAUAUUAACCGUUAGCCGUAAAUUGGCCAAAAUUUUAACCGUUAGCCGUAAAAGCCAUCAUCCCUUUGAGACCCUCUUGAAAUUUCUACGCUCUACCAGGGCUUUAGUUACAUAAGUUAAUCUUUGAAUUUUGAUCGAUUAGUCAUAAGUUUGGUUUUUUCGGUUCGUUCCCACACAGCAAAAGAUCUGUAAAUAAGCACCACGCCUAGGAAUAAGAUCGAAGUUUUAUAAUUUUAAUCGAAUUCUUGUCUCAGUAAGUUUGAAAGUUGCUACUCGUACACUGAAAGCACGAAACUGAUUUCAGGAUAUAUAAACGAAAGCUGUCCUCCAUUAUUUUUGCUUUGCUCAAUUCUAGUUAAACAAAACACGUGAAAAAACUGUGCAGAACUUUUUCGCUGGUCGAUAAGCUGGAACCCAAACACACUUGAACUCUCGUCUCGUAGAUUUUACGUCCCGUACCCUUGAAAGUUUCUCGGAUUGGAAAUUAUUGCGGUAUCUCGUGAAAAUUCAGGCCCGGCUCUGUAAAUUGCUUAGUGUUGAAAUUUCAUGUGGCUUUUGUCGUAAAGCGUUGCACACAUCGUGUGUUAAUUUUAGUUUUUGCUGUUUUGACGGUCGAAGGUAACUAUGACUCGCUUACAUUUGAACAAAUCUUAAAAGAAAUUUAGUAAGCACCCAAAGCAUUAAUAAAAAGGGGAAAAUUUCACGAAAUUUUCAUAAGCACUCAUGGAAUAACUUUUUAAUAUCCCAAUUGUCACCCGCAUUUUCUCGGUAUAGAUACGAUCCUUUACAUGGGUGCCUAGAACAUACUAGUUACAUAUGGGAUUUUCCAUGGUAUACCUCAGGAAACAGACAAAGAACGUUUGAAAUUGAGUAAGGUGAGGCUUCAUGCGAGAGGGGUCCUGGAUAAGGUCUUCAAUAUCGGUCAGAAUAAAUUCGAACGUGUCUCGAAACGCCUUCAUCCCUUUUUUGAGAGACGCUUCCUUUCAGUUUUGUUAUCCAUUCAUCCAACGGUUUCCAUUCCUUAACACAUUCUUUUCCUCAAUCGGGACUUCACUCGUUUCUGUUUCUUUUUGUUUUCAUGAUUCCUGACAAAACAGCGAGUUCUAUAGCUUCUGUUCCGAACUCCAUCCCUCUAAGAAAAUGUUUCUUUGCCAUUUCUUCGUUUCAUUAAUGAAGGGGGUAUGUUUCUCGAGAAACUGUGGUGCUGCGUCGGUGGGGGAGUAUAACAAAAAAAGAUAUUUGAUGGCCAGGAGACCUUCCUCAUUGGGAAUGACAGUAUAAAGAGAUGUAAUAUCCAUAAAUAAAAGAAGUUUGUUUUGGCCAUGGAAAUUAAAAUCGUGAAAAAUUUCAAGUGCGUGUUGGCUGUCCUUAAUGUACGAUGAUAAAAUUUGGACCGCGAUAUAGGUGCCAUAAUUUUGUCUAAAUAGCCGGAAACAAGUUCGAUGGGACAACUACAGGCGGAGACGAUGGGUCAACCUGGGUUGUUGGGUUUGUGGUUUUUUAGGUAAAAAGGAAAUACACGAAGCUCUCCGGGUCCUCAAACAUUUUUUCGAUCAACGUACUGUCAAGGAACUUAUCUCUGAAACUCUACUUCGUCUAGUCGCACUAGUUCUAACACUCACUUACUUUACAUUCGGUGGCAACUAUUACAAACAAACUAAUGGUGUAGCCAUGGGUACCAAAAUGGGACCCAGCUACGCCGAUCUUUUCGUAGGUUUUAUCGAACACCGAUUUUUCGGUCAAUACAACGGUCCCAAACCUGAACUUUACGGUCGCUACAUUGACGACUGCAUUGGCGUUACCUCCUCUACCAGAGAGGAGCUCACUCAAUUUAUAACCGCCGUCAUUUCCUUUCCCCCGGCUCUGAAAUAUAUCUGGGAAUUUCAAUUGAAGGCGACGGUCUAUGCAUUGGUGUCUACUACAAACCUACAGAUUCACAGAGUUACUUGUUGUAUCCAUCUUCGCAUCAAUCACACGUGAAGACUUCCAUAUCCUUUUCACAGUUUCAUAGACUUCGUCGCUUAUGUAGUGACGACUCUGAUUUUUCCGAAAGACUGCGCAGUUGUUGUUUGUCGGGCCGACCUCUAUCAAAAAGAAGCUUUGCGGCAACUUUCUGACACCUCGUUUUAUGCUAAAGUGGACAAAGAUCCCACUUUAAUUAACCAAAAAAUUGUCAAAAAUACGAUUAACAAUCUUAUAGCUAAACAAGAAUUGCCGGCCACUGCUAAAAAUCUCAUCAUUACUACUCCUUGAUCUUCGUGUAUUUACUUUUUACCUAAAAUCCACAAACCUAACAACCCAGGUCGACCCAUCGUUUCUGCUUGCAGUUGUCCCACCGAACUUAUUUCCAGCUAUUUCAGUAGACAAAAUUAUAGCACCUAUCGUCAAAACUUUACCAUCUUACAUUAAGGACAGCCAACACGCAAUUGAAAUUGUUCGGAAUAGAGAGACAAAAAAAAAGAAUAAAUUAAAUGAAUAAAAAGCGCUCGGUGAUACGUGGGAUCAGGAGUGCCGAUUUUAAAGAUAAAUUUUCGUUCUAGAGUUUUUCGGCUUUCCGAACUACCUAGAUAAAGGGAAAGGCUGCAAACUGCUAAACGCUGCUUAGAAUGGCCUGAGAGACUAAAGUUUCUUGUCACUUCUUUCUACGUCGCAAAGGUGUCCAAUACAAUAACUUUUUGCAAUAAGUGCAAGUUAUGCAUUUUGGAGUAAAAUGACAUUGACAGGAGUGCAUGGGAAGUGAUCGGUGAUCUUAAUGGAUCUCUCGGGUCCCGACAUUUUCUCUUCGUUGUGAAUGAGAGAAAAAGUUUUGCAUCGUGAGCGAGCGCAUUUGAAAGUUCCAGGUUGGUCAUUGGUUUGAAAUGAGCUUCUGACAAAAAGUUGCCGGUACUUCUGUCGCGUUUGAAUGAAAUUAGUGGAGGUUCCGGAAGAGAUAGCGCCAGUCUCUGAAUCGUUUUGAAGUAAUUUAAAGUUAACAAUGAUAGACUUAACUGUGUGGUUGUGAGGGUAAAAUGUGAGAGUGAAUAGAAUGCGGUCAGUCUUUUCCUUCGGAGACGUUUGUAGUGCUGACUGUCGAUCAAUUUGUUGGGCGCAAGGUGCCAGUUUUUCGAUAAACGUGGCUAUCCUGUCUCUGUCGUUCAAGCGGGCCACCACCGUGCCCAACAAAUUGAUUGACAGUCAGCACUACAAACGGCUGAGAAGGAUAACACUGACCGCAUUCCAUUUACUCUUACAUUUCACCCUCUCAACCACGCAGUUAAAUCUAUCAUUCUUAAAAAUGUUAAAUUACUCCAAAACGAUUCAGAGACUGGCACUAUCUUUUCGCAACCCCCACUUAUUUCAUUCAAACGUGACAAAAACAUAGGCAACUUUUUGGUCAGGAGUUCAUUUCAAACCAAUGACCAAUCUUUCAAAUGCGCUCGCUCACGAUGCAAAACUUGUUCUUUCAUUCAUAACGUAGAGAAAAUAUCGGGACCCAAGAGAUCCAUUAAGAUCACUGAUCACUUUACGUGUACCUCCGCCAGUGUUAUUUACUACACAACUUGCAAUCAUUGCAAUAAGUUAUACAUCGGCAAAACAGGAAGACGACUGGGUGACCGAUUCCGAGAACACCUUCGUGACGUGGAAAGAAACGACAAGGACGCAUCCAAACCAGUCGCUAUACACUUUAAUCUUCCUAAUCAUUCUAAACAGCAUAUGGCAGUUUGCGGCCUUUUCUUACACCUAGGCAGUUCGGAAAGCCAUAAGACACUAGAACAAAAAUUUAUCUUCCAAAUCGGCACCCUUAAUCCCCAUGGAAUCAACGAGCACUUUUCAUUCAACUAAUUUAUUCCUGUUUUCUUGUCACCAUAUUUCCACCAAUGGCGUAGCUCCACUUUCUGCAUAUAAACCCACACACAACCCACAAUUCCUCCAAUCGCUCUGAUGAAGGGCUAACGUUCGAAACGUCAGCCUUUUUUACCCUUUACGGUUGGCUAAUUUAUGUUUUCAACCAGUUGUUAACACGAAGGAAUAAGGAGAUAUAAUGUGAAAAAAAAUCGAUGAUGUAUUUAUUGAUUACACGUAAGUAUAUAGGAGCGCAAAAUACUGCAGUGCAAAAAAAUGUGACACCUCACUUCACGUCAGUCACGCUCUGUUCAAGUGCAAGGGCGGCAGUCGGUCACCAAUCGCUGGUUAAAGUGCACUGCAACCCUAUGACAUUGUUGACUAGGCAAGGCUGCACGCUCUGGGACUUGUAACCGGUAACAGAUUUUUAUAUGUCAUGCGACCCUAAAAAUAACCUAUGAGAGCAUGUGUUAGUUGGGGAAAAAAUCCAGCUGUCUGGGUGAUGAUUCACCAUCGUUUACUCUUUGUAUGGAAAAGAUUACCAUGACUUCUGACAACAGGGUAAAAAUUUUUUCCAUUGCUGAUAUGAAAGCUUAAAACAUUGAGUAAAAAUCUGCACGCUAGCUAGAUAUCCCUCUCCUAAGAAGCUUAUUUCACUUUCUAUGGUGUUAAGCAACUUGGAAUAUCAUCACUCCCCUUGAAUGAGUUGCUAUUCCAUCGACGUUUAUACCAAAACCUUUGUCAGGUUCCUUGAUGGUAUUUUGGUCGGCCUCAUUUAUACUCCUCGAUGAUGAGAUAAGUGACUUUAAAAUAGCUAGUUCUAUUCCUUGCAUUGACGUUCGGUUGUUUGUUUUCAUUUUUUUUACAGGUUUGUCUGUUGGUAAGAUGUCGUUUGAUCAGUUAGAGGAACGUUAAAGCAAAGUUACUGAAACUGAAGCAAUAUGUCUGCUAAACAUUGUAUUAAUAUGAGGCUUGAAUUUGGUUGGGGUUUAACACCUGCUAUUGUGUUUGGGAUUAAUGAGGUUAAUUGUUAUUUAUUCUGCCGGUACUAUUUUCGUCCAUCAAACCUGUAACGGAAGCUUUUGAGUCUAGCGUUACGCUUGAUCAUUUUACUCCAUUUUAUAUAAACACUAGGGAUGAAAUGUCUUUUAACCGAAUUAUACGAAACUUCGUGUGAGAAAUGAACAACUCCUUUGUGUUGUAUAUUAUUGAAACCAAAUCCAAUAGGCAAAUACCGCAUUAAAAAUUUGAGCUUAGUUGUUGAAGAAGAGUUAAAAAAAUGCAAAUUGAACGAGAGGAUUUGAACCUCUAUUUUCGCGGUUGAAUCCUUUGCAAGCGACUUUAUUUGUACAUUACCUAAUUAUAGUAUGAAAAACAUUAUUGACCUAUAUUACACCAUAUGCCAUGCUUGCCACAACAAAAUAAUGUUAUACUAACUGAGAAGUGUAAGUGCUGGUUAUGCAACGCUUUCGAGAGGUCUAACCCUAAGCAUCAGUGCAUUAUUGACCAAGCGUAAGGUCGAGCAGGAUGGCUGGAUAUUGGCCGAUUUAUUUUUUUACGUUUUAAUAAAAUCAUAAAAAGGAAAAACUAAAUAGACAACUUCUUGGUUUUGUGUUGAAGUGGAAUUUAAAAAAUGCGAGUCGGGUGAGAGCAUUGAACUUCAGUUUCCGCGGUAGAAUGCUUCAGCAAAAGACUUUAAUUGAUGUUCGUUGCGGUAUACUUACUUCAUUUAAACCUUGCGUUCGACCUUGCUUGAGAGUAACGAUAGCUUGAAAUCACCAAGGAGUAACGCAAUGAAGCCCUUUCGUUUUUUAUAGGUUUGUCAUGUCUAGUUCUAGCUUUUUUCUUGGCUUGGUAAUACAAAAGAGCGCUAUAACAGUUACCUUUCUGCGGGAAAUCGUAUCCCAAUUCAACGAAAACAAAUAACUUGCAAACGCACAGAACUGCCAUAAGCACAAAAAUGGCAGUAGCUUUUGCAAAUAUCUUCUUAGCUAAAAUCAAAAGGCAAAUCCUAGAUAAAGGCGCCUGUUUGGAAACGCUACAUCGACCACAUGAUAUCUCUCUUGUAUUCCAAAAGAUAUGUCGUCAACUAGUUCAUUGAACAAGCGACUAAAACCGCCUAACAGUCAAAUUUACUGCUGAAAUAUCUUUUUCAGAAGCUAAUUUCUUAGACACCACGAUAUGUAAGGGUGAAAGAUUCAUCAGCGAGUCAGUUUCGACAUUUCGACGCUUCAAACCAACAGGAAAAUUCCAGUACGCACUCUAUACGACGAGCCUAUCACUAGGAGCAAAAAGAGACUUCGUUAAAGGUGAAGCGUUACGACUCCCCAGGACUAAUGCUUCAAAAGAAAAAUUGGAAUAGAAUUGGAUAUUAGACAAAGUUCAAAACAUACGUGGCCGAGAAAGACUACCGAGAGACUUUAUUGACAACCCGCUCCCAGAAGUGAAAUUUGAAGGACGUAAACGGGCCCUCCUCCAACAGGGAAAAACAAACUAUUGAAUCUUGCUCUUUGGAACAACACAAUACUGUCCAACAGUUCUAAACCUUAAAGAAUCCUUAUCAGCAAGAGCAUUUAGUACAGCAAUAAGAAUUGCUGAGAAAAAUCUUCAAAGAACCACCAAUUAUGUCAGACAGAAAUGGGUGUUCACUCAGACAUACUCAUGAAAGCAAAAUUAUAUCGAAGGCAAGGAAACUGCAAAUACUGUUGUCGUGUAAUCACUUGUACUUGGACGUACUACGCAGCCAUUCAGGCCUGCCAAUCCCAAUUUACACGGGAGAAUUAAUUAAGCCCGUUUCUAAAGAAAAUAAAAAUCUCCUUAUGUCUCUGAGGUCAUGUGAUUUGUAACUUGAGCUAAUUUAUGAUCGUCUGUACCAAUCCUAUCUCCUAUCCCACCUUCGAAGCGGAGCAUAUCCUGGUCUCGCCUUCCUAUCCUACAUCCCGCCUCGAUUUUAAGCCUCAUCCUGCAUCCCACCAAACCUAUGUUGGACCUUCUUAACUAUUAUCGUGAAACAUUUAAGUGAUUAAACAGCUAAAUUGCUUCUUUAUUGUUAUCAGUGAAAACGAACCAGCGUUGAUAAUCGGCUCAGAAUUUAACCCUUUCUUCUGCGACAACAAGAAGGUACAAAUGGAUCGCAUAGGGAGCGAUGCACAACUGAUUACAUUUCCGUAGUUUCUGCCGGAGUUCCCGUGAUCUUGCUUUUCCUGAAAAGAUCCUCUAAGGAGUUCGAGGAGAAAAGUUGCAGCUCACAAACCUUUGGAUUUUUCUCAAACUAUCACAUGACCUUAGGAUUUCCUCUAAGUGCACGAGAUAGUAACGUAACAAUCUUGUGAAAAAGAACCGUUAAAAUUCCCGAGAUACUAACUUAACAAUCCGAUACGUCGUCCAGUCGUUUCGCACACACGGUCAUUUCGUACCUGGUCGAUUUACACUUAAAUUCAGGCAACUCGUACCUAGUUUGGGUCUGGUCGCACUUGAUCGAUGGUCGAUUCCUACUCGUCCCAAUGUUCAUACAAACAAGGCAAAAUUACUAAUAAAACUAACAAUUUUGUUUAAAUGUGUCUAGAUUUUUCUUAAACAAUUCAAAGAAGCAAAUUUUCCUUGACAAUUUGAGAUAAACCAGAUGAGUUGUUAUCACUCAGACGAAAACUUUUGGGGCCUUCAGCCUUCAGGACGGCAAUGCAUGCUGGAGAAGACUUCCAUUUAAGAAGUGACUGAAUAUUACUAGUGAUAAUUAGGCUAAGUUUAAAAUGAAGGAACUCUUUUCCAAACGGGAAAUUCGCCUUACAACAAACUCAAACAAAUUUUUAGAACGACAGAAAAAUUAAAAAAAACCGUUUUCAAACAUACUCUAAGCGAAAACUAAAAGAGAACUGAGCUACUACAAACUGGUGAGGUCUACGUUUAAAACUGAACAUCGAUUAUAAAAAAGAAGCUAAUUGGUGUGCCAACUUCAUGGCUGCGUCAAACUGAUUCAUGAUAAGAAUGAUAAGAAAGUGGUGAUACUGAUAUCUAAUUGCGAGGAACUCUGCUAAUCAGCUUGCUAAUGGACACAUUUAUCGAUAUCACAAAAAAAAAAUUUAGUUGUUGAUAUGGUUUGAUAUACUGUUGUUAUGGUUAAUUAUGCCAAAUAAUAGAAAUAACUGUUCCAUAAUUAUCCUUUCAUAUCGUGGCGAAAACAGACAAAUUACUAAACCAUCUGAGUCACCAUGAUCAUUUCGUAUUAGGAGUCGGCAGCAAUUUUCGUCACAAUUUUUUAAAUAUAUUCUCCUUCCUUCAAUGUCAGUGCUGGUGAUGAGAAAAGUCAAGAAGCUUGUUAAAAACCCAAUAUUGAUAAGGGAAUGAGUCCUUUGAUCAAACUUUAAGUGAAGGAGAGUUCAGUUAAAAUAAUUUAUAUGAAAGAAAUGUUCAGGGAUAAAACCUCGAACAUACAAGAUAAGUCACAAUUUUCCUUGUGACCUGCCUUGUUUCGCGGUUCCAUACGGUUUUGCCUUUAUACGGUUUAUCAUGUUCUCUUGAUGAUGCUUUUUUCUUUAAUCUGGUUUUUGAGAGAAUAGCCCAUUUAAUGUGUUUCUUACUGUUUGGCGGUAUCUAUAAUUAGUGCUUACUGAAAAAAAUUUGGUUCUUGAUUAUUCAGCGAUUUAUCAAAAGGGAUUAAUCAGCCUUAAAUGACGCCUAAUGACGGGAAACACUAUUAUGUAAAUUUAUUUUUGUCGCAUGAUGAGUAAGAAAUAGAAAUAAGAUCUCUAUUGUUCGCCUUAAUUUUGAUUGAUGGAUAAUCAACACCAAAAUAUUUCUGCUGAAAUGAAUUACUAUACCCUAAAAGUGUCAAAGAGAAGUUAAGCGUUACCACUUCAUCGCUGUUUUCCAUGAGUUAAACGUGCUGCCUUUGAAAAGGUAAGGUUAUCAAUGUCUUUGAUAGCAUUUUUGCAAGGUUCCUGGAAACUUAGAUUGUGAUGACUGAGAUAUUUUCAAAGCCCAAAGAAAAAUACUUUAGGUCGUAGGGGCUAGUGAAAGAAAGAAACUAAUUGUGACCGAAAUGUUAACUAAGUUUUAAGACAAAUGACCACUUACCUUAAGCCAGGAGAAAAAAAUGGGACAGAGAGGGAAAAUCAGGGCGUUGGCCGGGUUAUGUCAAUUUCAAUUAAAUUAUUUUUAGCUUGAGCUGGAUAGCAUUGCAGAAAGCAUUCCUACUGUGGUUUCUUAUUGACAAAGUCAGUUUGAUGUUAAAAGAACUAAUCUCGACGUUGCUUGCCAAUACAUCAAACUUACUCACAGGCGACCAUGGCUAAUUGAAAUAGAUGUUUUUUAAUUUCCGUAAAAGGCCACAUGCGAUGCUUGGCAUGCGUGAGAGUACAAUAAUACACAAUAUUUCCUUCGGAUUUAGCGAAACGAGAUUCUUUCAUCGUAACUUAUGGAGGUACAUGUACAAGGGUUUUAAUCUAUGAAAAUUUCUACCAGGAAAAACGGUUUUGUGACGUUUAGUUUGUUUAAAAAUGUUAUCCUGUGCUUAAUACAAGUAACCUCAUUGAUUUUUUAACCUAAAAUUCGAUAAAUGAAUAUAAUUAGUUUGAAUUAUUAUUUUUUCUAAUUUCAACAGCAGAAAUUUGACACCAUGAAGAGGUUCAAGGUGAUCUUUCAAAUCAGUGCUCUACAGAUUUUGUUCACGAUUGCUUACGGUUAGUGUCCUUCAAGAUUUCUUUUUUGCAAGAGCAGCGGAGAAAGUCUCUCGCCUCAUUCAGACCAGAUCAUCUUUAUCAGACCUCUUUAUCAUCCACCCACCAAAUCCAUUCAAAACUCACACUGUUUUACCUUUCAGCUGUAAGUGUACCAGUAACUGUACCAGAUCCUGUCGCCGUCUUUCCCCUGAACAGCAAGUAUCAAACAAGGGAAAUUAAAAGUCGAGUUCCCCAGGGGAAUCCUGUUGGUGUAUCUUUAGCUGAUGGUCCUGAUGGAAAAGCCGGCGGUUCGUACGCGUUCGCAGGCAGUGCCGGAAAUUACAUCGAGUUCCCAAAUAAUGGAGCAUUGGAUGUUCAGUACUCUAUAACCAUGUUAUGUUGGGUGUACCCUACUGGUAAAGAUGGUCCUCUCUUCAAUUAUAAGAGAACCGGUAGUUGGGGUGUCCAUCUGUGGGUGGUAUUUGGACAGCUGUUCGUUCGCUACACUCACAGAAAUUACCAAUUCACUCCACAUUUGCUUGGUGGUAUUUUGCCAGUAAACCAGUGGAGUUAUGUCGGUUCUACCUAUGACUACAAUACUGGUAUUGCAAGAUUGUGGGUGGAUGGAAGACAAACCGCUCAAUCUAAUAUCGGAAGAGUCCACCUUUCCACUCAGAACGAAGUCCGGAUGGGUGUGAAAGACGGGGAUAUUCGGUACUUCCAAGGAAGAAUUGCUGCUAUGCAACUUUAUAACGUGGCUUUAACUGCAGAGCAGAUAAAUGUAGUGAAAAAGGUUGGCUUAGGUAAUUUCUCUAAACUUUUUCAUAGCCUACAAUAAUAGGACUUUUGUUUACUUUCAACGUUAUUUAAAUAAAUUUUUAUAAAUAUACACUGCUUAAGAAAAAAGAAAAGAGAGAAAUGAGUCAUUUCUUUUUGUAGCUGAUGCUUGCGAUGAAUUGAAACCCUGCCAGAAUGGGGCCACAUGCAGCACAUCUGGUGAUGGCUAUACAUGCUCCUGUGUUCAGGGAUUCCGAGGAACCAACUGUGAACACGGUCAGUGAACAUGACAAAAUUUAUGCAUGACCGAGCAGACAUUCCCUCCAUUGCUCUCUUCUUCUGAACAGCCCUUACGUUAAAAAUGAUUUUAAUUUUAUGUGUUUUUUCUUUAUAUGAGGUAUAGAUAUUGAUGAAUGUCAGACCUCAAACCCAUGCCAAAAUGGCGGACAGUGCGAGAACACACAUGGAAGCUAUGAAUGCAAAUGCAAAUCUGGAUUUACAGGAAGAAACUGCGAUACGGGUAUGCUAUCAACCAUAGACGAAAUAUAAGCUGUCGGUUACAGUACUUGUCGUAUGCCUUCAUUAUUCAAAUUAGUGAGUUGACACUGAGGUAACGUGUUGAUCUCGGAUUUUACCCUUUCUAAAAUUGAUUCGAGUGAUAUACUUAGUUGUGACUCUCGUAAUAUUAGUUGGUUGUGUGAAGCCGCUACGCAAAGCGAAGAAGUUCAAGACUUAAGAAUCUUACUGGCUGUGGCAAAGAUUUAUUAGCGUCAUCUCUAGGAAGUCACGUUCCUUGAAUGCAAGGGAUGUUUAAGGAAAAACCUCCAUUUGGGGCGAAAACAUGCACGAAUAUUUGUCCGCGGACAUUAUCUUUUCCGAGAUGUGAGCAGUUUAUACGAGAUCGAAGCUCCAGCAAAACUGUGAGCUUCGAGGAACAGACAACAUCCAAGGAUACAUACGCGAGCAUUUGUUCACGCCAAAUAGAGGCUCUUGAGUUUAUUAUCCUCCCGCAAUACUUUUGCAACGCGUGGGUAAAAUUUUUAUGAGCAAUGUACCGUUUGCUGCCCGUGGGUAAAAUGUUUACGAACAGUGUAGUGUUUGCUGCGCGUGGGAUAACUUUUCAGUGUUGCCUGGUACUACUUCACGAACAAACAAAAAUGUUCCUUCUCCGGUAACAAAAGCUAAACGCGCUCUCAUCUUGAAUUAAAUUUUAAACGAACACUUUUAUCGUAGUUAAUGUCAGGUUUGAAAAUUGGGGAAUAUCACUUGGGGUGUAUCGUCAGAUAUUAAGUUCUAGCUUGGGCAUAUUUGCUCACUGGAUGCGUUUAGGCCAAUCGCGUAUAAGCCAAAAAUAUUUGAUAGAUUAUAAACAGUGAUAUAUAGCAGCUGAAAUAAUUUAAAAGAACUUAGGCUUGUUUAAAAAAAUUCUCGCAAACUGAGCGGUAAAAUCCUACAUUUUGAACAAACUUAAGGUAAAGCGAAGUUUCAGUACGAAUCGGCAAGGAAAAAAGAUGGCAGUUUCUACGAGAAAAAUGACUUGCUGUCAUUAUGUGAUCUACAAACCAAACUACUUGUCUCCGUUCCUUGAUACCUGACAAGCAAGAAGUAAAGAAAAAAACAAGUUCAUGUUUUUGUUCUGAUAAUCAACAAAACCGUAACACCAAUACAAAUUUUUCCUUCUCAGACUCAAUGAGCUAUUGUUCAAUCAUCUUCUCGACUGUGACUCGAGUAUUAUUCAAUAGUAUGCUUAUACCUUCGGCGAAAAGUAUUAAUUUUUAGACAUACUCCUUUUUCGAGGAUUCCCGGGAGUCGACGAUAUGUUGAAACGUGUGAUUGAGCAAAAAUAUAUCGCCCCGUCCCUCUCUUCUCUUGGACUGUCCUUAUGUGUAUAUGUGUAUAAUAAUUUUCACUUUAAAUUUUUUUUUCCUUUGGGGUAGAUAUCAAUGAAUGCCAAAUCUCAAAUCCAUGCAAAAAUGGCGGACGAUGUGAGAACACACAUGGAAGCUAUGAAUGCAAAUGCACGCCUGGAUUUACCGGACGAAACUGCGAAACAGGUGGGUUAAAAUUUCGACUGUACACUUUCAAAAAUCGAUUCGAGUGAUAUUCGAACCGGUGACCUUCGAGAUAUCAAUUGAUUGCAUGAAUCUAUGGCGAAAAAAUAACGAAGAAGAUCCUUCAGAAAGCUAAUGAACUCUUGACAGAUUUAAGAAUCUUUCUGGCCCGCCGUGGCACAAAUUUAUUGGUGUCAUCUCAAGGAAGAAAUAUUUCUAGAGUUUAAGGUUAAUCCCGUGAUAUGAAAUAGUUGGUAGGAUUAACAAUCACCUAAGCCUGUUCUUUUUUUCUUUUUAAUUUCCAAGAACUGAACAGUAAACUCCCAAGUUUUGAGCAAUUAAAAUAACGUUCAAAUCAUUUUAAGCUCUAAUUUUGUUGUUCGAGAACUGCAAAGAAAAAAAGAAUGUGAAAUAUUCGUAGAUAUAUGACAGAAAAAAGAAAUUCAGGCCUGGGAAACAAAAUAUGAAGUAAGGACACGUACAAACUUACUUUGAGGGGGGCAUGCAAUACAGAUCAUCCAGAUCUUCAUGCAGGCUCAAAGUUUUUCAUAUUACUGGUAUUAAUUUCCUUUCUCUUGUAUUGAGGGAUUAGAGAGAGUCAAAUGUACGUGAUAAUAGUCAGUGAAUAUGACUAGAACUAGGUAUGACCAAAAAGAAAAUUUUCCCCCCUGCUCUCCCCUCUUACAAGUUUUUUAUUUGGGGCAGAUGUUAAUGAAUGCCAAACCUCAAAGCCAUGCCAAAAUGGCGGACAGUGCGAGAACACACAUGGAAGCUAUGAAUGCAAAUGCAAACCUGGAUUUACGGGAAAAAUUUGCGAAACAGGUGGGUUAUCAACCAUAGGGGGUUGGAAAAUAUACCGUUGGCUUCAAGUCUUGUCGACUUUGGCUCAAAUUUAAUAGUAAUGAUAAUAAUAAUAAUGAUGAUGAUGAUAAUAAUAUAUUUCUAUAGCGAUUAUUAUUAAUAGCUUAUGGUGCUUUACAAUAUUAUGGAAAACAAAAAUUAAUGAAGAUUCUUAUUAGAGCGGAAAGAAAAUGAACAAUUCCGUUUUACAACAACUCGGAAUUUCAAAUAUACGAUAAAUACUUCAAUAAAAAUAUACAGUUGCAAAACAACGAAGGUAAAGAUAUUUGAUAGGUGUUCUACAAAAACGAUUAAUUUCUAUCAACAAGAUAACUAAGAGUAUGUUUGAUAAUGAUUUAAAUAAGUAAAUCAGUGAGUUGACUGUUGAUCGUGUCCUACAUCCCUUCGAUUGUACCAUUGUAAAUCGAUUCAUAGAGAAUAAUACAUGGGCGCGCGCAGAUAUGGAAUUUCUCUUUGAGUGUUUGACUCGAUAGCUCACGAGUGAGCGCAGCGAACGAGUGAGAUGUCGAUUUGAAGAGACUUCAUCAAUGAAUGAAAAUAAAUAAAUCGACAAUCGUGGAGUGCGUUGGCGCUAGCUCUUAAGAUGGAAAAAUGCGUUGAAUCAUGAUUACAAAAACAACAAUGGUCGUAAUUUUCAAUUUACAAACUUUUUUUGACUUAGUCCUUACCGACAGAAGAAAUCUGUCAGCUAAACGGCCAGUGGCAGAUCUUCCAGUCGUCGAAUUUAAUUCUCAGUCGAGAGAAAUGCCAACAUUAACGCCCCUGAACUCGUAACUUUCGGUUUUUUCUUUUUGCAUAUUGGUUUUCUUCCCCUGCUUGGAAAGUUUGAACCUCACCGUCUGUCAGCCAUACGGUUUUUUUAGUAUUUUAGCCGCCGUAAUUCGAUAAAGUUCUGACAAACUAUUUGUAAAGAGAAUCGAGAAGGCUUUGCGUUUCAUUCAUCAACCUGACCGAGUGGCGCCAAAGGCGAAUAACGUGUCAGCAGCUGAUUGGCUAUAGCAACACACGUGAAAAAAUACGAUAUUUUUUCACGUGUGUUGUUAGGCUUUUCUCAGGGCUGGAAAUCCCUGUAUAACACCGCAGUUUAUGUUAUAAAAGUAACUUUCCAACUUGUGACUUUAGAGAUACCAAAUGUCCUUCGGAAAGGAGCCCUUCUAAUAUUCAAGAAUGUCCUUGGCUGUGGAAGGUUACUCAGUCUCAACUUUAUUUACGAAGGAACAUUUCUUAAAUUUGAGACUUAUACCGUACUAUCUAUUAGUUGAUAAGAUCUGCAGCCGCUUAUGCCUGUUUUAACUUCUAAUUUUUAACUCGUGGUACGCGAGUCUGUGAUGUUUGCGAUACCAGAUGUCGGUUGCAGCGCGAAACUCUGAGGCAGACAAAGCGAGACAGAUUCGCUAGAAAGGAACUCUUGUACAGAUCAAGGAUGUCAAAGCGAGACAGAUUCGCUAGAAAGGAACUCUUGUACAGAUCAAGGAUGUCCUUGGCUGUCGCAACGACUAAUUAGUGUCACCUCUAGGAAGUAACAUUUCUUGAAUUUAAGAGUAGUGCUGUGACAUAUGUUACUUGAUAAGAUCUACAGUCACUUAUGCCUGUUUAAAUAUCCUAAUUUUUUAUAACUGAGCUGUGACUUAACAUAUUGUGAGAAAACUAAAAGUGAAAUAGUUGAAAACAAUUUGAUAAAAGCACAAACGUGAUAAAUAAUUAUGCAUCUAUAUGGCGGAAAAAACAUGGGAACCUCGCGAAGUUAUCGUGACGCAAGGAUGCGCGAGCUUGCAGACUACUUAAAGUAGUCUAGAUAGGGCGCAACGACGUCAUUCUCCAGGUUUUCACUUUGGCAUUCCACGUAAAGGUUUUUAAAUUUACAUGCUGCGUCGCCUCUUUACUCUCAAAAUAUGUUUUAUGAUUGUAAUACUAUUCUGAAGCAUUGCAAGCUUUUAAAUGUUCUCCGUCCCUGUGCUAACUGAUGGGACAUUUCGCAUAAUUCCAGAAGAAACGCAUUUUUUGCAAUCUGAUAAACACACGCACAAAAGUUAUUGAGUAAAGUUAACGGCAGUCAAAGGUGCUAACAGAUAGGGUCACUGAAAUCUGACAGAUAUCGACGAAUGUUUGGAUGCGAAGGUGCCGUGUGCUAAUGGAGGAAGAUGUGUCGACGGAAUCAACAGCUACACGUGCGACUGUGCGGAUGGUUACGUUGGAAAAUAUUGUGGUGAGAAGAUUGUAGCCCUAUAAUACAUAAAAGCUAGGUACACGAGUUAAAUUUAGUAGACCAAAAGCUUUAAAAACAAAAAGAAAAUUUAGUGUCUAGCACACAAGAAUGGAAUCGUGAAUUAUUCUAGACACCAAACUUUAAACAUAAGCCAUCGCAUGUUGAUUAAAAAGAUUUAUAGCAUCUAUUUCGGACAAACUUGAAAACGUCGGCCAGACAUUUUCAAGACAACUCGUUUCGAAGGAAAACAUAAAAACAGGAUAUUGCGAGAAUUUCCUUGGGGAAAAGAGUUAAGAUGACGCUUGGUACAUUUUAGAUGUGCUGUAAAAGUUUACCCUGACCCCGAGCCGGUUCAACGAAAGAGUAUAAUUUUAUCGCACCGUAAAAAGAGCAAUUGUUAGCCAGGAUUCAUUCGUUCGGUAACCUCAACAGACCAGUGAAGAAAUAGUUACAAUUAUAAGUAAAAUUCUAAUGACUGUGUCGUUGUAAUAACUGACAUACAUUGUAUGUAAAUUCAUAAAUUUACCGGGUUUUCAUUCUCCUCCUAAUUCUUUACCUCGUCCACCGAAAUCUGACGUAACUAUAUUAAAUACUUCAAGGUUAGAAACUGAACAACAUAACUUAUAUCACCUAAAACAUAUAUUACUUGGCCUCCGAGGAAAUUGUGCCUCUUCUAGCUUCGCUGAUAAUGUUCAAUUUGUUUUAUUAAGAAUGGGAAAAGCAGGGAUGUUUUAAGGAGGUGAAAAAGAAAAGUAAAAAGGCCAUGGGAACCAUAUUUGCUAAAUUCAGAAAGUACAAAAAGAAUAUCCAAGGUGCGGUCGAGGCUUGUAUGAAAGCAGCUGAGGACAAAAAACUGGAGAUCUUUGCGGUUCGUGGGAGAUACAAGUGUGUGACAACCAAAGGCAAUGCUGAUUACAAGGUGCAUGGUGCAUCAUCCAAAGGGUGCAAAGAAGAAGGAGAUUACGCCGUUGGAGUAAAGAGCGCAAACUAUGUCUAUAUUUUGACCAAAUAG